GCGGGUGAGGCGGGGCCGGCGGAGCGGCGCGGACUGCGAGUCCCGGCGUGCCCCGCGGCGCGGCGGGUGCGAGAGGCGGCGGGGCCGGGCCGGGCGGGCGGCGGCCGGGCAGGAUGUCGCGCCAGGCCGGCCGCGGCACCGAGAGCAAGAAAAUGAACUCGGAGCUCUUCACGCUGACGUACGGCGCUCUGGUCACCCAGCUGUGCAAGGACUACGAGAAUGACGAGGACGUCAACAAGCAGCUUGACAAAAUGGGUUACAACAUCGGUGUUCGGCUCAUAGAAGACUUUCUGGCCCGGUCCAAUGUCGGAAGGUGCCAUGAUUUCCGUGAAACUGCAGAUGUUAUUGCAAAGAUAGCAUUUAAAAUGUACCUGGGCAUCACCCCGAGCAUCACCAACUGGAGUCCUGGAGGCGAUGAGUUCUCCCUGAUCUUGGAAAAUAACCCCUUGGUGGACUUUGUUGAGCUCCCUGACAACCACUCGUCUCUCAUCUAUUCCAACCUGUUGUGUGGAGUGCUGCGAGGUGCCCUGGAAAUGGUUCAGAUGGCCGUAGAUGUAAAAUUUGUCCAGGACACACUGAAGGGUGACAGCGUCACAGAAAUUAGAAUGAAGUUCAUCAGGCGGAUUGAAGACAAUCUUCCAGCUGGUGAAGAGUGAAUCGCAACCCAGUCUCCCUUUGGGACUGGAGGGGACCAGCUGGUUUUGGCCAUUAGCUUUCGUCACAGAUCUGUAGGGAUCUAGCGCCCCUGUACAUUCAGACUGACUGACUGUUUGAGAUGUAAUUAUAUUCUUCUACUGUUACUUCCAUCUUCUGUAGAAGACAGUUGUCCAGUUGCUGUUUAUUUCACAGGUUCGUUCUGAUGCUUUUUCAUAAGGUGAUGUCUUUUUCGUAUUACCCUGGGGACUCUUUCUACGCUCAGUUUCUAAUUGUGACAUUUGGUUGUGCGAGAACUACUGCUCAGACUCCAGAAAGGCUCCAGUCUGUUCAAAUCUGAAUCCGUGUUCUCUUACCAGAAUUGGAGACCAGGCUGUGAGAGCUCACUGAUUUACUGUUAAACGCUGUCCUUAAAAAGAGGGGCUUAAAAUUCAUUUGGAGAUAAGUGCAUAGUAUUUCUGUAGACCAAACUGGCUUCCUGCAUUUGAUUCUGAAAUUACUAGUAAAACGUGAGCUUGAUACAAAAGGGUGACUUGGGAGAUCCAUUUGAGUGUUGGCACCCGGUCGGUUCCUUUUGUGGGAGAGCAGCGGCGUCACCAGCACGGGCAGAUUCAGGAGGUCGGUGUGGCUGGGGCCAUUCUGCAGUUUCUCUUCCCCCAGCAGUCUUGUGGCUCUCCUCUCAUAAGGGGAGGACGGUGAAAUUGCAGUGGAGCAGCAGUAAAUAAUUUAAAUGGAGAAAAGGAAAGAGAGGGUAAAAUGCCAUCGGUGGUCUGCAGCGGGUCCAGCCCAGGGGCCGUGGGGCAAGUCCAGGGAAUGAAAAGCCAAACUCAAGACUAACGACUGGGCGGUGAUCAAUGUGUUUCAGCGGGUAGAGCCUGUUCCCCUGUUAACGGUCUAUAAACACUGCGCAGCGCGGAGGAUGUGCCGGGGUGUAUUCUCACAGAUGUUUAGGCUACAACAGAAUUUCCCGUGUUACUUGAAUUGGCAAGCUCUGGCAGUCUGUAGCACCCGCUGUUCGUUAAAAUAAAUACACAAAGUAGUAUUAGAUCUCAAAAAGCAAGAUAUUGGAAAAUCAACUUCCUCUGCCAUCCCGGUUAGCCAGAAAACGCAGUCAGACGUUCAGUUCUCAAAUCACUUUACGUAGCAUGAAGGCACAGAUCCACAGAGAUAAUUAGGAGCUUCAGGUCGAUGCUUUCACUCACGCCCACGGCAGCUGGCGGCUCCGAUACCUUUGUAGGUUUAUGCCUGAGUGUAAGGUGAGAGAGAACGGUGCUGCUUGUGCUGCCGCUCGUUUUGCUUCUCUGGACACUGGUGGCUCUCCCCGUCCCUUUUUUUGCCCAAGUGAGCCCCUUUGGUGGGAGGGUUGGGGUGCCUGGUGUGAUGCGCGUCCUGCGAAGGGGCAGAGAGGAGCUGUAAAAGCAGCCGAAGAAUGACAUGGAGGAGCAGCGGUGGCUGAUGGGUUUUGGAGGCAGAGGUGCUGCGUGGCCAUGUCACAGAGAUGAAAAAGAUCUGUCAUUUCUCAUUGUUGACCAUUAUAAUUCAUUUUAAGGCUGCAUUUUAAAAGCAAUUGCAUUAAAAGAAUCCCGGUGUCAA